AUGAUGGCAGGACUGGACGGCUUCGACCCCGCCAUGGCUGAACGCGGAGAUUGGUCGCGAGGCGUCUUCACGAGCGCACCUUUCGACCAGUUGCCGCCGUGUACAGCCACGCCCGAGAACACGUGCCAGAUUGUCGACCAUAUUUCGACAUUGAACGAGAUCCUCUUCUGCGCCGAACUCGAACUGCGGGAACUGCCGACACCAAGCGGGCAUGUGUCACUGACGAGCUUGGCAGAGGAGGACCUGUGCAUGCCUCACGACGCGGAAUGGACGUUCAAGCAAGCGGUCGCCCUCGUUCACCAGCUGCUGAAGACGCACUCGUGCGUUCACCACGUCCACAUUCACCGCGGCCUUUUCGCCGCGCACGCGCCCCUCAUUUGCGACGCCCUCAAGUGCAACCUAUCGGCUAGGGCAUUGAAUAUCGAUUUCAGAAGGACCAUCUUCAACCGGGACCUCGACCCCGACUUCGAUCACGUGGAACACCGGGACGAAUCGGAGCGUUCAGAACAGCGGUCGUGCGACGAACUGCCGUCUGCUCUGUCGAUUGUUCUCCGCGAUUGCCCGUCGCUGACUACCCUUGAGGUGGCCGAGUUGCAAAUGAAGCACGGAAUGGCCACCGCGUUCGUGGCAGCCCUGAAAGGAAAUCGCACGCUCAAAGAGCUGUCGAUACACGGUUCUGUCGUAUGCGAAGCCGAGCGAGACCAGUUCGCGCGGUACCUCAGCGAAACCGUCUCUCUUACCGCGCUCAGCGUAACGGCAGAUGACGCCAGCAAGCGAAACUGCUUCAACUGGAUGGCCGAAGGUCUCCUAGUCAACAAUACGAUCAGGAACGUUCGCCUGAACAACGUUCAGUUCGACCAAGAGAACGCUGUGCUGGCAGCGCGUAUUUUCGCUGAAAACGAAACUAUACGGAUCUUCAACCUGGUGUACUUACCGCACACUUUGUAUCUCACACCGAGCACAGACUACGGCUUCUGGCUCGCGCCUUUGUCCAACAACGAGACGAUGGAGGAACUGGGCCUUCCAUUCUCGAUCUGGAACUCGCAGCAGUGGGUCGACUUCUUCUCGGCCGCUUCGAGGAAACGGAGCCUGAAGAAGCUGACGGUUGCCCUACACGCGACCGACCAUCGCUACCUGCCAGCAUUGUGCGGAGCUCUCCGAGAAAUCGGAGCCGAAGAGAAGGUUUCGCUGGGAACCUAUUUCGUCUACCAUAACCUGAAUUUGAUUCACUCCAAGGCCUUCUCGGACGUGGACGUGUUCUGCUUCGGCAACAUCGUGGGACGGCUCUCGCACGUGCUGUUGGCGUUCGCUCAUGUCACGUCCGUUCGCUUCAGUCUCAGGAUGGCGGACGUGGCCCUCGCAUCGUCCAUCGCCGCGUACGUCGAAGCCACCGCGUCGCUCCGGAGGCUGCGGCUCUCCCUGUACACGGACGAAGACGACCCGCUGCAAAAUACGAACGCAGCUUGGACGGCGAUAGUGGAGUCGCUUUCUCGUAACAAGAGCGUGAGGGAGCUGGGACUGCACGUGGACUUCGACUGCGACGACAGCGACGUCGAAGACGACGUGGCCCGCGCGACCAUACAGGACUACAUACAGCGCCUCGCCCACGCGAUCGGGACAAGUCGGAACGUGCGAAGGUUGCACUUCCGGGCGGAACAUUUGUCCGAGGCGUCCGCCUUCCUUCGCCGCUUGUCGGAGGACGUCGCGGGCAACUACAACCUCGUACGUGUCGUCGUCAGCGGCGUGCUGGACAGAAAAGCGGCCCUGGCCUAUCGUAACAUCCGAGACAAGGCAAGUAGAAACCGCGGCCUGGUGACGCGUGCCGUGCAGUUCGCCAGAGGACGCCCAGUGGACAGUCACUGCGCCGUGGCCUUGGAACGGGCUUGGCACCAUGCCGGACUGCUGGAAGAGUUCGCCGAGCAGCUACUCCUCAGUGCGACAGACGCGUCUGCUGUGAUUCGACGGGGCCUGAGGAGCACCGAAGGCCUCCACGACUUCAUGCGUCUCGCUCGCGUAGUCCAGGACUGCGUCGUGUGCCAUCCGUGCCAGGACGGUCGCCCUCAGCUGGACACCAUCAACGAGGACUGCUGGAGGCUGGUCCGCCGCUACCUGAUGCUAGACGACGUCAGGCUGGAGUCCGCGUCUCUCUUUCAGGGAUGACAG